UCCGGAGUCCGGACACCUCUACUCUCCCCGUCUUCUCUCCCUCUCUCCUCAUCCUCCUCCGUGUUCCUGAUCUGCGCACGCACGGCCGCCCUCCUCCUCCUCCCCCCGCGCUUCGCUUCCUCGCGCGCGCGCGUCAUCGAAGCUGGCCUAGAGACUCCUCGGCGAGAGGACGGUUCUCCCCCCUCUCCCGCCCCCCGCGCGCGCGCGGCAGGUUUGGGAGAUCGACGGUGGUCGGUGGCCUCCUCCCUCCUGUCCUGCCCGGUUCGAGUCGAAUUGAAAGGCACAGCUGGUUCUGUCAUUUGGCUGUUCAGAAGCCUGGAGGCUGGGCCAUUUGAUAUCCUGAAGUUUUGAGUAAGAAUGGAGAAUGGGCUGUCCGAUGAAGUUCUUAAAGCAGUUUUCCCUCUACUGGAUGGUCAAGACCUAGUCUUUUGCAUGCUUGUAUGUCGUCAAUGGCGAGAAAUUGCAAAGGAUGACUACUUCUGGAAAUGCAUAUGUGCGAGGAAGUGGCCUUCCAUUUGCAAGCAACCUCCUUCAGAUGCAAACUACCAGAAGCUCUAUUUAACCUUCUCCAAACCACGGACGCCACAGCACCUUCCUGUACCAAAGCUCACAUUCGAGGAUCUUGUGUUUUACAUUGACAUGUGGCUUGACGGAUCACUCAUCUUCUCUCAAGCUGUUUCAGGCUGCAUCCUUCGAGGAGGUCUGCAGAAUACACCUUGUGGCAUUCCGGAUGUACUUGUAGCACAUUUGACUGCUCCUGACUGCAUUCUGAUGAUGGAGGUUGAACCCAAGCUGGAAAUAACUAUGGGGCCAUCCAUCACUGUGUCUGUUCUUGCCCACCGAAAGGAUACAAAGAAGAUGGCUUGCGUCAUUAAUAAGUCAACUUUUGAUUACAUCGACAGCAACGCAGCACGGGCAUUGGCAUAUGAAUAUCUCCAGUUUUCACCAAGAUACCCUUUUAUAUCAGACAUCCGAGCAUGGAUGUCUUUGCUUUUCCUGUACAAAGGAACAAACGUCAUCGAAGUAUUUGGUAUAGAGCUAGACUUUUGUGAUGCAGCAAGGUCGGAGACUGAAAUUCUUUGGCUCUUAGACAUGCUUGAUUGGAAAUAGAAGCUUUAAUCGUUUUUUCUGUUGUGAUUUGACGCAUGUAAAGAAUGUUCAUGGUUAAUUCUUGUUAUCCAGUUGAAGCAUGUGUACUACUGAACCAUAUGUACUGUUGGAAAUUUGGAAUAAAAAUGGUUCACGCCACUCCAAUGUA